AUGUUGCAGAUAUUUUCUGUGAGAACGUCAAGGUUCAUCGUGUUCCACUUAACCAACCGUUCCUCGACGUUCUUCACGCUGUCAUCACCCUGGCAUGAACGGAAUACAAAAUUGGUCGGCUCCUUGGAUUCUGAUAAUACGGUGAUCUAUUUUAUCUUCCACGAUGCUCACUAUGUACCAAUAAAGGAGAAAUCUGAUCCAGUUAGGCCUCGAUGCAUAGACAGCACCGCAUCGAUAGCGGAGACGGAACUGUCUCAUUAUAAGCAGCAUGUUCAGGUCUGUUGCUGCUUGUGUCCCGUCACCCAUUCUCACUAUCUCGUCACUAACGGUUUCAAAAUGAUGCCUCACAGAGACUCUGACGGCGAAGACUUCGAAGCUGAGCUCAAUGCAGUCAGCGAUGCUGAAGAUUCAGACUCUGAAGGCUUGAGUGACGAUGAUCUGGGAACGUUGAGGGCAGUCCUAACUGUUCCUCAGCCUGAUGCACCAAUGCACGAAGUUCGCAAGCCUGAUGUUGACCCACGCAGUUCUUCGCGUUGGGCAUCUCCCGAGGCCAAGCUCGAUGGUUCUAUGGCCGAAUUGUACCAGUGUGUGCCCCAGGAUCUCCACAAGUCCAUGGAGAAGUACACGGCCUUUGAUUCCUUGUUUCGUGCUGCAGUUAGCGCAGAGCGUUCAAACAUUGUACAUGCUAUCAAGAGUUGCGCAGGCAUUAUCUUUUCAGAUCUCAAGCUGGAUCCAUCGCUCUUUGCAUCUCAGACAGAUAGUCUGGUCCUUGUCAAAAUCAUUUGCGUCGAGAUAUUCGGGAAGAAGGUCCUGUCUGGGAAGAUCAAAGGUCAGAAGGCCAGGGGCCAGCGUUGCAAUGUGCAGUGUGUAACCAAAGGGUUGAUUGCGGGUGCCGCUGUUAUGGCGCGUUUUUUGUUGACGCACGAUCCUGAAUUCACAGCGACGGGUGCCGAGACCAAGAUCAAUUACCAAGCCGACUACGAUUUCUACCUAGAGCGCUUAUUCAAGCGCACACCAUGGGCCUGUAGUGUCAUGAACUUCUUCAAUAAGGAAGUCUUCAACAUCACCAGCCCGUCUCAUGCACCAGCCUCUGAUGACUCUUAUACCAUCCCUCAACCUCGCACAUGGGAGGACGACCUUCUUGAUGAACUCGAUGCUCCUAUAAUCACUCAGGUUUCGACUCCGACGACUCGCACUCCUUCACCUGCCGCUAGCUCGGCAAUAGUCGAUGUCACGUCCAGCUACCACACGUCCAUGUCCAUCAACCAAGGACAAUCUGUGUCCACAACGUCGCAGCUGCAACUUGGUGUUAGUCGGUUGUCACUGGGUAACCAUGAGCCGCCUGUAUCAGGGACUCACAGUGCAUCUUCUCGUCAAUUUCUACUCCCAGUUGCUCAGCCCCCCGUACCAGUGACUCACAGCGCAUCUUCUCCUCAAUCUCGACUCCUGGUUCCCGAGCCUUCUGUAUCAGUGUCAAUGACCCACAGCGCAUCUUCCUUUCAGGCUCAACUCCCAGUUCCCGAGCCACCUUUCGUGUCGGAGCCUGACAAGGCUACACGUGUCACUCACCAUGGCAGCACCAGAGCAGUUGCUCCUACCAAGGCCAGAAAGGGGAAGGGGAAGCGCUGA